GAGCGACCGAGAGACUUGGCUGCUGUGAGCCCAAACCAAGCAAAGCAAGCUGUAGCUGCGGCUAGCAAUAAUGCGGUGGUACGCCAACGUGCGGGAGGUCGGCGGCGGCGACGCCACGGUGGUGCUCGCCCACGGCUACGGGUCCAACCAGGCGCUCUGGGACAAGCUCGUUCCCGCGCUCUCCCGGCGCAACAGGGUCAUCCUCUUCGACUGGGGCUUCACCGGCGGCGGCGCUGAGCAUCAGGAGGAGGCGGAGGAGGGUCGGUACACGUUCGGCAAGUUUGCCGACGACCUGAUCGCCCUCCUGGACGACAAGGGGGUUCGGGGCGCCGUGCUGGUGGGCCACUCCAUGUCCGCCAUGGCCGCCUGCAUCGCGUCCGUCCGGAGGCCCGACCUCGUCACCCACCUCGUCCUCCUCUGCGCGUCCCCCAGGUACAUCAACUCGCCGGAGGAAGGCUACGUGGGCGGUUUCGAGAGGGCGGGCAUCGACGGCAUGCUGGACGCCAUGUCGUCGGACUUCGGCGCCUGGGUGAAGGGCUUCGUCCCCAACGCCGUGGGCGACCCGGCCUCGAUCCCGCCCGUGGAGGCGAGCUUCCUGGCCAUGCACCCGGGCGUGGCGCUGGAGGUCGCCCGGAUGAUCUUCCUGGGCGACCAGCGGGGGGUCCUCGGCGCCGUGACCACGCCGUGCACGAUCGUCCAGGUGGCGGGGGACUUCGCGGCGCCGCCGAGCGUGGCGGAGUACAUGAAGCGCCGGAUGACGGCCGCGGCGGCGGACGUGGUGGUCAUCGACUCCGUGGGCCACUUCCCGCAGCUCGUCGCGCCCCAGCAGCUGCUCGACGUACUCGAGAGCGUGCUGCGCCGCCGUGUCGGCGGCGGCGGCGAGGGUGAGCACGGUGCCGCGGGGGAGACGGUGGCCGAAGUCCCGGAGGCCGACGGUGGCAUCGAUAUCAUGGCCUAGCAGGCUGAAGGCGAUCGGUGACAUGUACAAUAUUUGUCGGCCGCCGCGGACUCGCUCGCUUUGAUAUGAUGCAGUUUAAUUUCCUGAGUUGAAUGAUCGCAUGGAUCUUUGUACUCGCCGUGUGUUGCGUUGCACGCUUGUGAAAAAUAGGUAGAGGCUUAGAUAUGAUGGCCAUGUAAAUUUGUGAAAUCCAACAAUGUCCCGGCUGCAUGUUCGAACUUAUUUUAGGAGGAGUUUGAAUUCCGUUUUGCUA